UGUAAUUACCCAAACAGACGCCCCAUCUUUCUCUCAUGGCUUUGUCCUUCUCGCCUUCCUGGAUUUAAACACCUCCAUUUGCUCUCCAUCUUCACCCAAUCCGUCCCUGCUUCAAUCUAAAGCCGAAUCUGCUCUCUACACUGGUUCCAAACCCUUCUCACCGUUCUUCUUUAGGUAACUAUCGAGCAAUAGUUCCGGGUUUGAAAGGUGUUAAGGUAGUAGUUUUGGAAUGGCUAUCGUAAACAAGACAAGGACGAUGCUGGAAGAUCUGGUUAAAGAGAGUUCGUUUAAGUGGUUGAACAGAACCAGGAGUUCAUUUGAUAAAGAUCUUGAGGAGAUGGAGAAGUCUCAGGCAUCUGCAGGUGGAAUGGAUUGCUUGCCAGAGCUCUCUCGUUAUGCUAAGGUUGUCACCUGGAGAUGCUCAAAGAUCCUUGGUAUUUCCAUGAGUGAACUUCGGGGAAACUUUGACAAAGAGGCUUCUGAUUCUUUAAGGCAUCCAUCUCAUUAUGCACGGAACUUUUUGGAAUACUGUUGUUUCAAGGCUCUUGCACUGUCUGUUAAUGUAAAUGAGUAUCUAGGUGACCGAAGUUUUCGGUGCCUCACCUUUGAUAUGAUGGUUGCUUGGGAGUUUCCCACUGCCGAUGUCAGUCAAGCAUCUUCAAGUACGGAGGAUGCCACUGUUGGUGUUGAAGCUUUUUCAAGAAUCGCUUCUGCUGUUCCCAUAAUUGCCAAUGUGAUUGUUAGUGAUAACAUUUUUUCGGUGCUUACUUCGUCAACCGAUCAUAGACUUCAUUUUUCUGUCUAUGACAAGUACCUCACUGGCAUGGAAAGGGCAAUUAAAAAGUUGAAGAGCCAAUCCGAGUCCUCUCACCUUUCUUCCCUACGCUCUGGAAGAGGGGAGAAGAUUCUGGAACUGGAUGGAACUGUAACAACUCAGCCUGUUCUAGAACAUGUGGGAAUUUCCACGUGGCCUGGCAGAUUAACUCUGACUGACCAUGCUCUCUAUUUCGAGGCACUUCGUGUAGUGUCUUAUGACAAGGCAAAAGUUUAUGACCUCUCGCAAGAUCUAAGUCAGGUUGUUAAACCUGAGCUAACAGGACCAUGGGGAACAAGGCUUUUUGACAAAGCUGUAUUCUAUAAAUCUACUUCCUUGCAAGAACCUGUUGUAAUGGAGUUUCCAGAGCUUAAAGGACACACACGCCGAGACUACUGGUUAGCCAUAAUCCGUGAAAUCCUAUACGUUCAUAGAUUUAUAAUGAAGUUCCAGAUCACUGGAGUAGAGCGAGAGGAAGCAGUUUUGAAAGCCAUUUUUGGGAUUCUUCGCGUUCAAGCACUAAAAGAUAUAAGCUCUACUUCCACAGACCACAUUUGCUAUGAAGAUCUUUUGAUGUUCAAUGUGUGUGAUCAGCUUCCUGGUGGGGACCUAAUACUUGAAACACUUGCCAAUAGAUCGAUCGCUAAGGAACUAGAGAGAAGUAACUCUCCCAAGUCCAGUAGAGUGGUGCAUUCAAUAUCUGCUUUGACAAUGGCAUCCAGCUUGGGGUUUGUGUUUGGAUCGGCUUCUUCUAAUGAGACGGGAAUUAGUGUGGGUGAGAUUGCUGUGGGUGAGGUCACACCUUUGGAGAGGGCGGUUAAGGAGUCUAGAGCAAACCACAAGAAGUUAGUGUCUGCACAAGCUACUGUUGAUGGAGUUAAAGUUGAUGGCAUCGACACCAACUUGGCUGUUAUGAAGGAAUUGCUCUCACCCGUCACUCAGCUUGGGAAUUGGCUUCUUUCUCUAGCGCACUGGGAAGACCCUUUGAGGUCCAUGAUUUUCUGCUUGGCUGUCACAUACAUUAUUAACAGGGGAUGGCUGGGAUAUGCCUCUGCUGCUCUGCUAGCAUUCUUUGCGGUCUUUAUGUUACUCACGCGCUACUUCAGCCAAGGAAGGGGGGCAGCCGAUGAGCUCAAAGUGACAGCUCCCCCAGAAAUGAACACCGUAGAACAGCUUCUGGCCGUUCAGAACGCCAUCUCCCAAGCUGAAGAACUCAUCCAAGAUGGAAACAUUGUUCUUCUCAAGUUCCGCGCGCUAUUGCUCUCCAUAUUCCCACAGGCAACGGAGAAGUUUGCAGGUGGGGUUCUGGUGGCAGCGGCGGUUCUGGCAUUCGUGCCAUGCAGAUACAUGGGAGUGAUGCUCUUCUUGGAAUACUUCACCAGAUACUCUCCCCUCAGGAAAACCAGCACCGAAAGAUGGACUCGCCGGAUGCGGGAAUGGUGGUUUAGCAUCCCAGCUGCCCCUGUCACCCUCCAGAGGUCAUCUAAAGAAGACAAGAAGAGAAGAUAAUAAAUGAUGAUGAUGGCUCUGCUAUUGUUGUAUGAGUAUAUUCAUAUAUAUAAAUCAUAUUUAUACUGCAAUUUGACAUACACUAAUUAAGCUAGGUUUCUGUAACUUGUAAUAAGUUUUUUUUAAUAAACCAAUGUAAAUUUG